AUUGCAGAUAAAUUAAUGAUUUCCACACAAACAUUUUCCCAAGAACUAUCCCAAGUUGUACAAAAACUGGAAGAAACCAGAAAGGAAUUGGACGCCUUGUUAUUAGAAAAGGCAGACCAUCCAGAUGUCGACUUGACCUUGUUGCAAAAACAGCUGGAAGAAAAGAGUCAGGAACAAAUCAAGAAAUACGAAGACAUGAAUCUUCAACAACAGAAACAAUAUGAGGAUCAAUUGGCGCAACAUGCUGAGCAGCUCAAACAGGAGCAAGAUAAAUAUCAGCAGUUGGACGAAAAGUUGAAACUCUCCACAGAGGCAGUAAAGCAAUUGGAAAAAACCAAGCCGGAAGAAACUGUCGACAAUACCAUCAAUAACAAGGCUGAAGAGGAAGACGAAGAAGUGUUUGUAUACCCAAAACAAGAAAAGUUACCCAAGGUAGAAGAAGAAGAGGAUGAGGAUGAGGAGGUGUUUGUUUACAGAGGCAUGGAUGCGGUGGACACACCCUCUACGGCUACACCUACACCCCCACUUACAUCCAAACAAUAUGAUGAAAAGGAUGUACUACUCCGAGAAGAGAAACUCAAAGUAUAUUAUGAGCACCAAAUCAAUAACCUAACAGAAAAAAUUCAAAUGACAGAUAGUAAAGCCGUUCGAUUUGCAUCCAUGUACAAGUCAAUGAAGGAAAGAUUGGCCAAGGAAGAAAAGGAUAAGCAAAUGAUGGUAGCAGAGAUUGAAAAGCUAAACAAAAAUAUCAAAAAUGUGCAAGAUAUGUUGGCCACCACCGAAUCCAACUAUCAAAGGCAGGUGGAUACAAUGACCGAAUUCAUUACUUCGCUUCAAGAAAAUGAACAACGAAGUCAACAAUCUUCUGGAAGAAGAAAUUACUAA